UGGGGGAUUCCAGCUGGAGCUGGAGCUGGAGCUCGGGAGCGGACGCUCCAGCCCUAGGCCCGUUAUGGAGCCCGGGAAGUUCCUGAGCGUUGGAGCCUCCGUGGCCGCGGUGCUGCCAGCGGGCGGGAGCGGGGAGCGCCUGGGGAGCGCCACCCCGAAGCAGUUUUGCGCCCUGCUGGGCAGGCCGCUCAUCAGCUACACGGUGCGGGCACUGGAGAGAAUAAACUGGAUAUCAGAUAUUGUUGUGGUGGUGUCUCUAGAGAACAUUGAAACAAUGAAAUCUAUCAUUGAAAAAUAUGGCCACAAACGAAUUACGGUUGUAGAAGGUGGAAUGACUCGCCACCGGUCAAUUUUCAAUGGACUGAAAAUCUUUCCAGAGAGCAAGCUUUCCAGCUGUCCACUCCAGAAACCAGAAGUAGUGAUUAUCCAUGAUGCUGUGAGGCCGUUUGUCGAGGAAGAUAUUCUUCUUAAAGUGGUUUUGGCUGCUAAAGAACAUGGGGCAGCAGGAGCAAUCCGUCCUCUCGUCUCUACUGUUGUUGCUUCCUCUGCAGAUGGUUCCUUAGACCAUUCACUAGAACGUGCCAGGUACAGAGCAAGUGAAAUGCCUCAGGCUUUCGUAUUUGAUAUAAUCUAUCAAGCAUAUCAUCAGUGUAGUGAUUAUGACCUGGAUUACGGGACAGAAUGUUUGCACUUGGCUCUAAAAUACUGUAAAACAAAUGCCAAACUUAUUGAAGGAUCACCUGACCUCUGGAAGGUAACCUACAAGCGGGAUCUGUAUGCUGCUGAAUCAAUUAUUAAGGACAGUCUAUCACAACAAGUUUGUGUUACCACUGAUAUGAAAGAAGAUGCUGUGCAGUUAGGUUUUCUCCUUCAUGAAACUCUGAAAAACGAAGUAAAACAGGCUAAAGGUAAAUCAGUGUUUCUAUGUAAAAAUGAUAAUCGUCUACAGAACAUCUUUUUAGGACAAUGCUACAAUUUUAUUUGCAUAAAUGCUAAAAAAUCUGACAUUAAAGAAACCCAGCAACUAGUGGAUAUACUUGAAAAUGCAAGAAUUUCUGUCUUACAUCCAGUUGUUCUCAUUUCGGUCCAUUUGAAUGUUUCAGAAAAUAUGUCUUUCAGCAGUGGAAUGGAAGAACUGGCUGGGAUCAAGGAAUUUGCAAAGGAAGUGAAAAAGAAACAUAUUUUGGUUUACGGUCUUCUCAUCCAUUACAAUAAGGAUGAUCCGAAGCUUCAGGAGACCAUAAAUUCUGCUGCUGCCAUUAUCUCUGCAUUAAUAAAGGACAGAAACCCAGAGCUGAUUGGUCAGCUGUUGGUAGCAUGAAUAACUAAAUCAUUUGUAGCUAUCAGAUGUAUUUCUUUAUCAUCAUGUGUUUACCAAUGUUCUUGAAACAUUUUACUCUGUGACAAAAUCACUAGACUUACAAAGUUUGCUUUUAGGAUCUUUUAUCAGCAUAAAUUGUAAGUUUGACAUUGUGUUGAGAUGCAAGUGGAAAUGAAAUAGAAAGUGCUAUGAGGUGCACCAGGUAUUAUACUUUGAAGUGUUUAUAUUGAAGCAUUAUAUGUGAGGUACUAAUCAUUUCAAAAACUACCACUGAAUGAUGCUAUUUAGUCCUUUCAUGUCCGAAGCACUUGAUCUAAGCACAAAUUUCUUUUCAACCAGAUAACAUAUAUGAUAUUAAAGCACAACUGGUGCUCUUUACAUGAAAAUGAUUGAGGGGUUGAUCCUGCAUUUACUAUUGGGUUUAGAUUUUAAUACAAGGCAUAGUCCCUUUGACUUUAAUGAAAGUAUCCUGAUAGUGUUUUCAGGAUCUGGUCCUCAUUCCCCAGAGAAUGAAGAUUACAUUUUAAAAAUACAUUUGAACAUACCAUAUGAGAUGUAAUAGCCUAUCUUGGGAGUGCAGAAUUAGGAAUUCAUUGUGGUGGGAAUUAAUUAUUUUUAAAGCUUAUCAAUUCUGAUGGUAGUGGAGAAAUAAGACAGAAGAAAGACUCUCUUCUUAAAUAAUUGAGCUGCCUCUUCAGUUUUUGUGUCACUCUGAUUUUCUGUUUGAUAUAUGUGUUUGUCACACCAUCAUCUGGAAGACAGUAUUAUAACUGCUAAUGCAUGGAGGGUGUUUUGACAUUUAAAUGAAGAUGGCUUAGGGAGGAGGGUAGAAUAAGAAGUUUUCACUUAUCUGCAUUGAAUAUUUUCAAGUGUUCCACUAGCUUACCAUGAACAUUUCUCUACUGCUUCUGGCAGCAUAUAACCCCCUGCGGUCUUCAUGUUUUUUUGGUACUGUGUUUCCCCAAUUUGUGAAUAGGUUAGAUUACAUUCUUAGGAACUCUUGUUGACUUCAUUGUAAUUGGAACAAGAACUUUGUGAAAUAUUCAGCGCAUAAGUGGCUGCCCCACAUGUGCUCCCAUGAACCUCCCACCAUCUCCAGGCUUAGAGAUGGCUCCUAUUCCAAGGGGAAAUGUCCCCUUGAAACCAGCCAUGCAAUGCAUUUUGCUGCUGACCCGUCACUGCAGUCUUCCCAGGGAUGAAGUCUGUCAGCAUGGCAAUUGGGCCUUGGCAUAAUGCUGGAGAAUUGCACUGCAACUCUGAGGUCAUAGAAGGGAGAAGAUUGUUCCUUGACUUACAGGCAUAUGGGGAAUUUUUUCAAGGGUCUCAGCCAGAAAAAGGAGAUAGGAGAUCCUCGUUGCGUCAAAGAUUUCCCUGUCUCAGUGGCAUUCAGGUGGGAAGAGUGGUGAUCUCCCCUUCUCUAUUAGGCAAACCUCACAACCUGUGAAGAAGGGGGCCCCCAAUUUUGAUAAAAAAGAGCCCUCCCAAACAUCCAUCACUGUCUGUUGGAUGUCUCCCUUCCCCAGCGCAACAGCCCAUUGAGAUAUAGCCAACACAGUUGUUUACAAAAAAUAAAACAAUCCCUGCCUACUAGCCUUCCUUCUCUCUCCUCGUGGAGUCCCAGCUGUGCCAGGUAAGAAGAUUACUGCAGUCUUAAGGCUGUAAUAAAUUCAACUGCCUGCAUGGCCCCCUGUGAGUGGGAGAAGGUUUGGUUGAGAAGAGAAGGUGAAUGUUAAAUACAAUCUUCAUGUCUCAGCAGGUAAAAUCUGCAUACUUCUUUCUGCUCACUUGCUAUACGUGCAGUCCUGACCACGGAGCAUGAUUUGAUGGUGGGUUUAUUUUGCCCUUGCAAUAAACCUGGUGCAAGAGAAGAUUGGCCUAAUGUGAAGUCCCAAGCACAGUCUUUUGAGGCUUAAGUGCUCCAGAAGAUCUAAUCUGGUGCAUUAGAUAAGGUCUUAUAAUAAUCUGAAUCUACUUUGGGUUCACUCUGCUAAUGAGUACUCUGAGACAUGGGAUGAACUACAUGUGUCUCUGCUUUAAAAUCCUGCUAAGAAACUGAUGUUGAGCCAAAUUUUCCUCCAUUACAAGGUACAACAAAUAGUUAUGACUGCUUGUUUUUCAUCCAGAGCAGACAUUUUCAUUCAAUACAGAAACCUGUAUAAAAGAGCUAUAAGCUGUUUUCUCCUUUGCUCCUCUUCCCUCUCUAUAAUUAUCACAUAUGAAUCAUUUGUCCUUCUUUGACAUUAUACAACAAAUACAUUUGUGUUAGCACCAUAUAUGGCUAUAGAAUACCUAUGCAGUUUAGUUAAACAAAUGAGAAACUCAAUAGCUUACAUUAUUUGCAUUCACUUAUGAAUAAUCUUUUCAAAUUCACUUUUAUCUGACAGUAAUAGAUUGAGUUUGAUACAGUAAUUCAUCUCUCAGGCUUGCAAAAGACGUGAUAUAAGUUAUUAAUUGGAUUGCAAACACCUAAAUUACUAGUGUCUUCUUAUUUUGCUGCUUCUUCACUGUAAUAUGUAGAAAGGCUAUAACACAAAAUAUAUGAUGUGUUUCCCCAGGACUAACAAGCAAGCAAAGAAAAAAUCCUUUAUGUUUUACAUCUAUAGUAAUUAUAGCCACUGUGUUUAAAUUCAAGCACAGUAGUGAGCAAACUGACUUAUCAUUAUAAAAUUGUCAAUUAUGUCAAUCUCGCUUUUAUUCAGUUGUAAUUUUUACCUGAUUCAGUUGUAAAUUUUACCUGAUUUAUUUUAAACAGGUUUGAUGCAAUUGAAAAUUUCUCAUGCAAUAAACUUGUAUAAUGAAAAACGAUUUUCUAUGGGCUAUUUGGGAUCUGCAAAGAAAAUAAACAAUGUAAAUUAAGUUUCAGGUUCUCAGUAUAGAUUUAAUGUUUAUUUAAAUUGAAAUGCAGGAUAAAAUAACAGGUUUCUCUGAUGUGCUAUUAAUAUAUUAUUGCUGUUGUUUCUCUUUAAACAAUCCAUAAACAGACAGUAAACUAGCAUGGAGAAAGUAAAAAUUACAAAAGCAAAGCUAUUGAGACAGAUGGUAAAAUAGUAAGCUUCUGUGGGAAUGAAUGAAACAAAAUUGAAUUAAUGAUAAACCAAAUCUAAGUGGUGCCUAUUUCAUGAAUGUUAAUAUCUAAAGUACAAAUAAAUAGGUAUGGUGAAAUUAA